AUGGAGAUCUUUGACAUUGGUUCGCUCAACCUACCUGAUACCAGUCUCGACGCGGCCGACGCUAUCGCGUUAAUAGUGGAGGAACCUCGACUACGAGCGAAGGUUGGACCCAUCCGAGUUCUUGUCUCCAAUGCGCCGCGAGAGUACAUCAUCGGUCGUACGCCGGAGAACGACUUCGUUCUUUCUGGAAAGUUUGCGUCCUACACGAGCAGAAGACACAGUAAACUCAUCUGGGAUGGACAUCAAAUGCUUAUUGAGGACAUGAAGUCGGUGAAUGGAACUUGGGUCAACCACCGUCGCCUAGCGGAUGGAGAAGCUCGACCUCUUCAGGAUCGGGAUAGAGUAAUGUUUACUCCCCUUCCUCUCGACACACGGUCGGCUUUCGAGUGGGAGCCGAGAGAGUUUUGGGAAAGCGCGGAGGGAGGGCCACACGCACUGGAAUUUGUUUAUAAGGAGUAUCAUAUGGAUGGCUUCGCAGCAGCGCUGCCUCCCGUUGUCCGUGCUGUAAGACGAUCGAUCGCUGAGUGUGAUCGUGUACACAGUGUUCUCGAAAAUGUCCGCUCAUCACGCGCUACUAGCCAUUCUGCUGUCUUACUGCAGAAUCAUGUUACCGAUCGAACCUAUCGAGGUUCUUUAGAUCGGACCGAUCGACCUCAGACACCCUUGUACAUUCCGCCCUUACCAGUCGACUUCCACCCGCAUCAGAAUACCAAUAAACGACUUCGUCUAGCCAAUUGCGUUUUUCCUGGACCCGAAGAUGCCGACUAUGUUCCUGCGGAUCAUCCUGAUAUAAUUUGGCGCGAUGGUGUGCGUUACAAGCAUGUCCCCGGAACUCGCUCUCCUCCCUCCGAGAUGCAACAGUGGUCGGGCUUUUACAAUCUCCCCGUGGGACUGCAUUGUGACUGGCCUCUGUUCUCCUCCGUUGCCUACGGCGCGCGGCCACCCGCAGAUGCCUCGCUGCCCGAACCUCACACUCCACGCCGGGACGUUUAUGCUCGGUAUACGUGGCUCGCGGAGGACGAAUCUAUCAACGAACGGGAUUCUGGCACCAUUCCCGAAACAACCGCAACCAUCGAAGUGCUACCCACGUCAACUCCCUACACACCAGUCGAUCACAGUCCUACAGUGCUGAGAGAUAUUGACGACCCGUCUAUUCGUCCGGGUGCGAUGCUUGAUGCCUCGCCCCCGCCAAACUUCGCACUUGUAUCGCCAACCGCAGUGUCACCUCUUAGUUCGCUGUCCAGCUUGACCACACAUACCGGGUCGAAGCGCCCUCGCGCUCUUCACGACGGCGACGACGACGACGACGAGAGGUCCGCGAAACGUAUCGCGCCUCCAGCCAGCUUGGCUCGAGAUCACAGGCCGUCUUCGUCCACACCUUCGCAUCUUCACAUCACGGUCUCGGAUCCUCACGACAUUCUCCUACCUUCUGGGAGCCGCCCUGGACUCGUGGACGAUGGGACCGUCAUACACCACUCGCCCGGACUAGCUCAAGCUGGCGAGCCUGUACCGCCGGAGAUCGUUCCAACGUGUCCGCAUCCCUCGAAAAGACGGCAGCGUGAAGUUGACCCUGACGAAGGGCGCGAGUCGAAACGCCUGCAUGUGGACAAUGCAGUGUUCUCCAGUGAUUCGUCGCGACCUCCCACGCCUUCUGUACCACCAAAAGAACGAGAUUUAGCGGCUGUCGUUGAUACUCUCGAUACGAGUACAUCGUCUUCCCGCCGAGUCGACGAUCGCGUGCCAGAUCCGCUUGAGGCACCGUGCGACACGCACCGCGCUAGUACAUAG